AUGCGGCUCUGGAGUUGGGUGCUGCGCCUGGGGCUGCUGAGCGCCGCGCUGGGCUGCGGGCUGGCCGAGCGCCCCCGCCGGGCCCGGAGAGACCCGCGGGCCGGCCGCCCCCCGCCGGGCGGUGCCUGGGAAGCCGUGCGCGUCCCCCGGCGGCGGCAGCAGCGGGAGGCGAGGGGCGCCGCCGAGGAGCCGAACCCGCCGAGCCGGGCGCUCUAUUUCAGCGGGCGAGGCGAGCAGCUGCGCCUCCGGGCGGACCUCGAGCUGCCCCGGGACGCGUUCACGCUGCAAGUGUGGCUGCGAGCGGAGGGGGGCCAGAGGUCUCCGGCGGUGAUCACAGGGCUAUAUGACAAAUGUUCUUAUACCUCGCGUGACCGAGGAUGGGUCGUGGGAAUUCACACCAUCAGUGACCAAGGCAACAGAGACCCCCGCUACUUUUUCUCCCUGAAGACAGACCGGGCCCGGCAAGUGACCACCAUUAAUGCCCACCGCAGCUACCUCCCGGGCCAGUGGGUACACCUAGCCGCUACCUACGAUGGGCAGCUGAUGAAGCUCUACGUGAAUGGUGCCCAGGUGGCCACCUCUGGGGAGCAGGUGGGCGGCAUCUUCAGCCCGUUGACCCAGAAGUGUAAAGUGCUCAUGCUGGGAGGCAGCACUCUGAAUCACAACUACCGUGGCUACAUUGAGCGCUUCAGUCUGUGGAAGGUGGCCCGGACUCAGCGGGAGGUCCUGUUGGACAUGGAAACCCAUGGCCUCCACACUCCUCUACCUCAGCUCCUCCUCCAGGAGAACUGGGACAAUGUGAAGCGCACCUGGUCCCCCAUGAAGGACGGCCACGUCCCCCAAGUGGAACUCAGCGGUGCCCAUGGCUUCCUGCUGGACACGAGUUUGGAGCCUCCCUUGUGCGGGCAGACGUUGUGUGACAACACAGAGGUCAUCGCCAGCUACAACCAGCUCCCGCGGUUCCGCCGGCCCAAGGUGGUGCGCUACCGCGUGGUCAACCUCCAUGACGACAACCGCGAGAACCCCACGGUGAGCCGCCAGCAAAUCGACUUCCAGCACCGGCAGCUGGCCGAGGCCUUCAAGCACUACAACAUCUCCUGGGAGCUGGAGGUGCUGGAGGUGAGCAACUCCUCCCUGCGCCACCGCCUCGUCCUGGCCAACUGUGACAUCAGCAAGAUCGGGGACGAGAGCUGUGACCCCGAGUGCAACCACACGCUGACUGGUCACGACGGCGGGGACUGCCGUCAACUGCGCCACCCUGCCUUCGUGAAGAAGCAGCACAAUGGGGUGUGUGACAUGGAUUGCAAUUAUGAUCGGUUCAGCUUCGAUGGCGGAGAGUGCUGUGACCCCGAAAUCACGGACGUCACCAAGACUUGCUUCGACCCUGACUCUCCGCACAGAGCAUACUUGGAUGUUAAUGAACUGAAGAACAUUCUUAGACUGGAUGGAUCAACACACCUUAAUAUCUUCUUUGCAAACUCCUCGGAGGAGGAAUUGGCAGGAGUAGCAACUUGGCCAUGGGACAAGGAGGCCCUAAUGCACUUAGGUGGCAUUGUCUUGAAUCCGUCUUUCUAUGGCAUUCCUGGGCACACCCACACCAUGAUCCAUGAGAUCGGGCACAGCCUGGGCCUCUAUCACAUCUUUCGAGGCAUCUCGGAGAUCCAGUCUUGCAGUGAUCCCUGCAUGGAGACGGAGCCCUCCUUUGAGACCGGAGACCUCUGCAGUGACACCAACCCAGCCCCAAAACACAAGCUCUGUGGUGACCCGGGGCCAGGGAAUGACACCUGUGGCUUCCAUAGCUUCUUCAACACCCCUUACAAUAACUUCAUGAGCUACGCAGAUGACGACUGCACGGACUCCUUCACGCCCAAUCAAGUUGCCAGAAUGCACUGUUACCUGGACCUGGUUUACCAGAACUGGCAGCCCUCCAGGAAGCCGGCUCCUGUCGCCCUGGCCCCCCAGAUUGUGGGCCACACGACUGAGUCGGUGACGCUGGAGUGGUUUCCACCCAUCGAUGGCCACUUCUUUGAAAGAGAAUUGGGAUCAGCAUGUCACCUUUGCCUGGAAGGGAGAAUCCUGGUGCAGUAUGCCAUCAAUGCCUCCUCCCCGAUGCCUUGUGGCCCAUCAGGACAUUGGAGCCCUCGAGAAGCAGAAGGUCAUCCAGAUGUUGAACAGCCCUGUAAGUCCAGUGUCCGCACCUGGAGCCCAAAUUCAGCUGUCAACCCACACACAGUCCCUCCAGCCUGCCCUGAGCCACAAGGCUGCUACCUUGAACUGGAAUUCCGCUACCCCUUGGUCCCUGAGUCUUUAACCAUCUGGGUGACCUUUGUCUCCACUGAUUGGGACUCUAGUGGGGCUGUCAAUGACAUCAAACUGUUAACUGUCAGUGGGAAGAACAUCUCUCUGGGCCCUCAGAACGUCUUCUGCGAUGUCCCACUGACCAUCAAACUCCGGGAUGUGGGUGAGGAGGUAUACGGCAUCCAGAUCUACACAUUGGAUGAGCACCUAGAGAUUGAUGCGGCCAUGUUGACCUCCAUUGCAGACAGCCCGCUCUGUCUAGAGUGUAAGCCCCUGCAGUACAAGGUGGUCCGGGACCCUCCUCUCCACGUGGAUGUGGCCUCCCUCCUACACCUCAGUAGAAGAUUCACGGACACGGAUCUCAGUCUUGGCAGUGUGUACCAGUACUGGGUCAUCACCAUUUCGGGAAGUGAAGAGAGUGAGCCAUCACCUGCUGCCGUAUACAUCCACGGAAGUGGGUACUGUGGUGAUGGCAUUAUCCAGAAAAGCCGAGGUGAAGAAUGUGAUGACAUGAAUAAGCUCAGUGGUGAUGGCUGCUCCCUCUUUUGCCGACAGGAAGACUCCUUCAAUUGUAUUGAUGAACCCAGCCGGUGCUAUUUCCAUGAUGGUGAUGGUGUAUGUGAGGAGUUUGAACAAAAAACUAGCAUCAAGGACUGUGGAGUCUACACGCCCCAGGGGUUCCUGGAUCAGUGGGCAUCCAAUGCUUCAGUAUCACAUCAGGACCAGCAGUGCCCAGGCUGGGUCAUCAUCGGCCAGCCAGCAGCCUCCCAGGUGUGUCGAACGAAGGUGAUAGAUCUCAGUGAAGGCAUUUCCCAGCAUGCCUGGUACCCUUGUACCAUCAGCUACCCAUACUCCCAGAUGGCUCAGACCACUUUCUGGCUCCGGGCAUACUUUUCUCAGCCAAUGGUUGCUGCAGCUGUCAUCGUCCACCUGGUGACUGAUGGCACCUAUUACGGGGACCAGAAGCAGGAGACCAUCAGCGUCCAGCUGUUUGAUACCAAAGAUCAGAGCCACGAUCUCGGCCUCCAUGUCCUGAGCUGCAGGAACAAUCCCCUGAUUAUCCCUGUGGUGCAUGACCUCAGCCAGCCCUUCUACCAUAGCCGGGCGGUCCGCGUGAGCUUCAGUUCACCCCUGGUCGCCAUCUCGGGGGUGGCCCUCCGCUCCUUCGACAACUUUGACCCCGUCACCCUGAGCAGCUGCCAGAGAGGGGAGACCUACAGCUCUGCUGAACAGAGCUGCGUGCACUUCGCGUGUGAGGCUGCCGACUGCCCAGAGCUGGCCGUGGAGAACGCGUCUCUCAACUGCUCUAGCAGUGACCGCUACCACGGCGCCCGGUGCGCCGUGAGCUGCCAGACGGGCUACGUGCUCCAGAUACAGCGGGACGACGAGCUCAUCAAGAGCCAGGUGGGACCCAGCGUCACAGUGACCUGCAGGGAGGGCAAGUGGAACAAGCAGGUGGCUUGCGAGCCGGUGGACUGCGGCGUCCCAGACCAGCAUCACGUCUACGCCGCGUCCUUCUCCUGCCUUAAAGGCACCACCUUUGGCAGCAAAUGCUCCUUCCGAUGCCGUCACCCUGCGCAGCUGAAAGGCAACAACAGUCUCCUGACCUGUAUGGAGGAUGGCCUGUGGUCCUUCCCAGAGGCCCUGUGUGAGCUCAUGUGCCUAGCUCCGCCCCCAGUGCCCAACGCAGACCUCCAGACAGCCCGGUGCCGAGAGAACAAGCACAAGGUGGGCUCUUUCUGCAAGUACAAGUGCAAACCUGGAUAUCACGUGCCUGGCUCCUCUCGGAAGUCAAAGAAACGGGCCUUCAAGACUCAGUGUACCCAAGAUGGUAGCUGGCAGGAGGGAGCUUGUGUUCCUGUGACCUGUGACCCACCUCCGCCGAAAUUCCACGGGCUCUACCAGUGCACGAAUGGCUUCCAGUUCAACAGCGAGUGUAGAAUCAAGUGUGAAGACAGCGAUGCUGCCCAGGGACGUGGGAGCAACAUCAUCCACUGCCGGAAAGACGGCACCUGGAGCGGCUCCUUCCACGUCUGCCAGGAGAUGCGAGGCCAGUGCUCGGCCCCGGACCAGCUCAACAGCAACCUCAGACUGCAGUGCCCAGAAGGCUAUGCCAUAGGGUCGGAGUGUGUCACCUCGUGCCUGGACCACAACAGCGAGUCUAUCAUCCUUCCAGUGAACGUGUCUGUACGGGACAUCCCCCACUGGCUGAACCCCACACGGGUGGAGAGAGUAGUCUGCACGGCUGGUCUCAAGUGGUAUCCUCACCCUGCUCUGAUUCACUGCGUCAAAGGCUGUGAGCCCUUCAUGGGAGACAAUUACUGUGAUGCCAUCAACAACCGAGCCUUCUGCAACUACGAUGGUGGGGACUGCUGUGCCUCUACGGUGAAGACCAAGAAGGUCACCCCCUUCCCUAUGUCCUGUGACCUACAAGGUGACUGUGCUUGUCGGGACCCCCAGGCCCAAGAACACAGCCGGAAGGACCUCCGGGGAUACAGCCAUGGCUAAGGAAGGACAAGGAGUUGACAAAGAAUUCCCAGCACCAGGACUCGCAUCCCUUUGGUAUUGAUUUCACAGUCAGCUGCUCAACGGAAUGGCCUCCCCACACCAGGGAUCCUUAGCACCCAACCGGUCUGCCUUUAAUUUCACCCAGGAAGGACUUACAGUAGGGGCGCAUGAGCCAAGUCUCACCACGCUGGAUGAUGGAAUGGAAUCCCAUCCCAAAGUCUUAGACGGAUUGCAAAGAUGAGUGUGCAGUCCCAGAGCCUAAAAUUCUCAUUUGUCACACAACCACA